AUGAGCAUCCCCCGCAACUCCAAAACCGUUAUCGAUGGCGAAUUCGGACGCAUGGAAAAUAUCGCGGAGAUUAGGCUAAGCGACGAUAUCAAGGCUUUCCUAAACGAUGCGCAUUCCUCGAUGGAGUCAAAGGGCGCUUCAAAUCCCCAAGGCCCCUGCAAGAGGUCUCUCAUCCACUACGCCGCCAUGGGAGAUUGCCCCGAACUUCUUCGUUGUCUCCUAAGAACUGGUGCUGCCAAAGACGUUCGCGACCAGAACAAGCGUACACCCCUUUCCUGGGCUGCCGAAUAUGGUGCCUUAGAUUCUGUGAAGAUUCUUUUGGAAUACGGAGCGAAGAUCAAUUCCGUGGAUGAUAUGUAUUUCACCCCUUUAUCGUGGUUAAUUCAUGCGAGUCCACCUACGGACAAAGCAAAAGCGACUGAAGUCUACCUGAGGAAGAACGGCGCGAAAGAGAAGGGCGCCAAGCGGCGUUGGGUCUUGAGAAAGACUAGAAUGUUCUGA